AUGGAGAAACUUCAUACGGAUAUCGAGGAGAAUAUACUUGAUCGAUUACCAAUUAAGACAGCUUUAGCAGCGAAACAGGUAUGCAAAACAUGGAGAAUUUUCCUCCGUAGUAAGACUGAUAAGGUAGGUUUGCUGGUCGUUAAAUCAUGCUAUUAUCAUGUAAACGGAGACAGAACUUAUUCUGGAGAUCAGUCUGAUCUUAUCCAUGGGAAGAUGAAAUACAAUUACUCUUACCGUAUACUUGAUGAGAUGCACAACUACCGCAAUUCUUUUUCACUCAUACCAAAUCCUGGAGAUCAGUUUCAGUUUGAUUAUAACAUGCUUAUUGGGUCAUGCAAUGGUUUGGUUUGUAUCCAAAGACGAUGUGAUUGGAAUCUUGCAGAACCUUUUUUAAUUUGCAAUCCCGUUACCGGAGAAGUUGUGCAUGUUCCUAAAACUAAUACAUAUAGAUUGUCCGACUGGGCAUCGAACUUCAUACUUGGGUUUGGUUAUUGUGAUUCAAGGAACGAAUACAAGAUUGUUAGAACGUACACGCACUGCAUGGAGCCAAGGCAGACUCAUGUCCAAGUUUAUACUAUUGGUAGUGAUAGGGAUGCUUCUAAACUUUGUGCUAACCUUUUAGCUGGAAUUGUGCUAAUAAGAUCUGAUGCAGGUGCUUUUGGAGGAGAAAAUGUUUCAGAACACAAGAUUCAGACAUGCAAGUCAAGCUGA